UAAAGGUUUGUUCAGUGGUAACUAGUUAAAUGCAACAUGUCACCUCAUAUCUCAGCCGGGCCUUAUUACUUUACCCACAGUGCACAUUUCCUCGUUCUUUAAAAACGCUGUUUAUAUGGUUAAUUGAAAUUGCUUCGCUCCAAUUCGCCUUUUGGAGACAGAAGUUGGGUCGGCUGUGUGACGUCACCGUGAAAACAAACAGUUGACAGUGACCAUGGACGAGAUCAUCGCAGGCACAUUCAGACGAGGGCCCCAGUAGCUGCUCAACCCCAGGUUGCAGCUUCCCCAGUUUAGUGUCUGCACACAUAUGCAUGUAACAUGGACCAUGAUUGGAAGAUGGGUCCAUAGAGUUCCAUAUCGGUGGCGCAGAUACCUGCUUUGGAUCUUACAAGCCCUCGAUUCUUACCUUUGUAUUAUUAUUGGGCGGCUUCGUAAAUUCUCUAAGAUGAUAGCGUGUAUGACCUACGAGGGUGCACUGAGUGAACCAGAAGACUUCCCUAAAUCAGAGGAACCAGUAUGGAUCUUUGGAAAACAGUACUCAACUCAAACAGACCUGGCACCUCUUCGGAGUGAUGUGCAGUCACGAAUAUGGCUCACAUACCGGAGAAACUUUGCACAGAUUGGCGAUACAAGUUACACCUCUGACAAAGGCUGGGGAUGCAUGCUACGUUGUGGACAGAUGGUGCUAGCUGAAGCUGUUCUUCGAAGGCAUUUAGGUAUGAAAAUAGGUUCUGCAAUUUUGGUGUAUCUUUGAUUUGUAAGACUUUAAUUAGAAGUGGGGCGGAGGAGA